AACACGAAUUUAAAACGCGUAUUAUAACACUAAAAAAAAUUAAUUUUUUGCUGAUUAUGUUACGCAAUAACUAUCUGAAGUUUUCGUAAAUAUUUUAAAUGUUUAUUUGCAGUUUAUUUAUAAAUGCAAAAUUAUAAAUAUAAGUAGAGCCUGACCGCAUAGUCAACCCACAAUUUUUUAAGGAUCGCCAAAUAAUAUCAACAUUUUAAAUUAUUUGAUCAAUCACUUACGUUCAGAUAUACCUUAUAAAGGAAGUGUUCUCCAGAUUUGCAUGUGAAAGAGUCAGCGCCACUUAGCUUAAUAGUCUGUCAACUAAACGAGGUACUAACUGAUAUUGUAUUGCAUGUUUAAGAACCCACCAACACGCAAGUGCUGCUAAAUACUAAUAGGUCGGCGGCACGACAAUUUAUUUUAUGAAGUUUUAAAAGAGUAACGAAUAGCAAAUUACCUAAACUUAAUGGUAUUGACAGCUGUUUUUGUUAGACAAUUGGCCGGUAGAAUCCAUCUGUUGGAUGGACUUCCUAUUUAAGGUCUGCAAAUACCGUAUUGGUAGUCAGUAUAACACUUGCUACAGAAUGUUGACCAGCGUUUGGGUUCUUAUUUUUAUAAGAUUUGGGCCGAGCUUGAGCCUAAAAUAUACCAGGGAAGAUCAUCAGUCGGACACGGAAGUCAGUAAGUUCAUGAGAACACUGGAUGUGAUACCAGAUGUAAUCCAGAUCGGACCCCAGGAGUUCCUUAAUGUUACAUACCAUGGCCAAGUAGCAGCACAUUGUGGAAAGUUACUAGAGCCAAUGCAAGUGCGGGAUGAACCCUCUUUAAAAUGGCCGGCAGCACCGGAAAACUACUAUACACUGCUGAUGGUUGAUCCAGACGUACCCAACGUCAUUACACCCACGCACCGGGAGUUCCUGCACUGGAUGGUGCUAAAUAUACCCGGCAACCGACUGGCACUUGGCGAUGUGCGCGUGGGAUACAUGGGACCCACUCCAUUCAAGGGAACCGGAACCCAUCGGUUUGUCUUUCUGCUCUACAAACAGAGAGAUUAUACCAGGUUUGACUUUCCUAAGCUACCCAAGCACUCAGUAAAGGGACGUAGUGGGUUCGAGACUAAAUUAUUUGCAAAGAAAUAUAAAUUCGGGUAUCCAGUGGCUGGAAACUUCUUCACAGCCACCUGGAGCGCCGAUGUCCCAGCCCUUAUAAAGGUCAUCUCACACAGUGCCCGUCAGGCCACGCAAACCUAAGUUAAUCGAUUAGGUGUUAAUAAAAAUUAUGCAAAAUGUACCCCGUAAA